AUGGUAAAAAAAUAAUUAUAAUUACAAGAGGAAUUUUGAAGGAGUAUUGAGCAGUUUUUAAUUAUUUUAAUAUUAAAUAUUAAUUAGAAUAGAUAAUAAAUAUUCUAAAUAUAAGAUGAACGUCCAAUAAUUUCCAAAUUUUUAUCCUUAUAUGUUAGAACCUUAAAUACCAUUUUAAGGAGAGAAUGAACAACAACAAAGUAUGGGAAUUAUGUAUAAUAAAUUAAGAACAAAACUCCAGUUCAAAUUAAAAUGAGUUUAAUUUGAUUCAAUAGAAUUUUUAUCCUUCUGCAUAUCAUCAUUAUCAAUUUGAGUAUGUUUAGGAUCAUGAAAUUCCAAGUUAAAUUAAGAAUAAAAAACAUAAAAAAAAAAAGUAAUUAAAUUGAAUAUUGAAAAAAGGAAUAAUGAUUAAAAAGGGUUGUUGCCAAAGACAUUAGAAUCUGAGAAGCAAGUAGUAGAGGAUUGUUAAUAAAUAGCUAUACAUAAGUAAGGGGAAGAGAUGUAAAAAAUAAAAUAAAUUUGAUUGAAGAUUAAAACCAAUAACUCCGUAUACGGUUCUACAUUUUACAUAGGGUAGUGCGAUGCCAAAACUGUAAUCAGAUAUAGUUUCAAAUUAACAAAAUGAUGGGCCAGUAGUGUAAUAGGAAGGUUCUUAAUAAACUUAAAAAGAGAAAGGAUAGAAUCAAUAAACAAAGAAACCAAAGAAAGAGAACAUAAAUACAGGUCAUUGGUCUACUGAAGAGCAUACAACUUAUAUAUAAUUUUUAUAGCAAUUUGAGAAUAUAAUGACCUGUUCAAUGAUGAAGAAGACAUCAAAAAUAUUUAAAUAGAUGAGUGAAUUAAUAGGAACAAGAACUCCAAGUCAAUGUCGAAGUCAUCAUUAGAAAUUUAAUCCUUAUGCAUUAAGGGGAGAAAAUGGAAAGCGUUUACCAAGAACAGAAAGAAGUCGAGCUGGUAGAAAGAAGAAGAAUCCUUAAUCUGAUUUACCUAAGGCAGGUAAUGAUUAUAAAAGAAUAAAAGAGGAAGCAAAUUUAAUAUUAAAUUAUGAGGGUGCUGAUCCUUAUUAUUUAAUGAUGUUAGAACAAUAGAAAUAUUUUUAUUCUGGUUUCAAUUAAGAUUAUUGGAAUUAAGUAUAAGAGAUGGAUUAAAAUUAAAAUAUUAAGAAAGAGGAAGAGAUUGAUAAUUAGAAUCAUGGAUAAAUCUUAUAACCAGAAUUCGAAGAAUAUUUUAAAUAUAGUUUUUAAAGGUAUGGAAAUCAACAGGAUUACAAUUUCGAUGUUAGAAAUCAGACAGUCAAUGAUUUAAUAAUAUGA